AUGGCCGAAUUGCAAUCGAGCAGGACCGGCGAUAUUUGGACGCGAGUGGAGGACUAUUUGAGUGACAAGAUACAAACUAAGGCCGAUCUCGAGCAAGUCGACGGUCUGCUGUUAAGGGUGCAGGAGCAGCAAGAUUUAUUGAGGAAACAGCUUCAAGAUGCCCGCGAGAACCAGCGAGAGGCCCAAGGCCGGGUUGAAGAGCGGUCGCAGGCGCUGAGGACCAGGGCCGAGGCAUUCCAGUCACAGCGAGGUGAUCUCGAGCAGCGGCUUAGGGACAUUGCGCAGUCUGACGCCGGCGAUGAUGCCACAAAGAAGAUCGAGGCGCGAAUGAGCAAAGUGCGCAAUCUACAAAUCGCCCAGGGAUACCUUGAAUUGGUUCAGCAGUUGUACACUCUGCGCGACCAGACCAAACAAAACCUCUCCCAGCGUCCGGCCACAUCACUCCAAGCCUACCUUCACUUCCGGAGACUCUCGGACCACCUGCAGGAUGCACAGCUAGCUGCAGAAGGAGCUGCACCCCAACUGUUGUACAUGUUCGAGCAGCAAUCCCAGGAACUGUAUGCGCAGGUCAAGGAUGUGCUGGAGGCCCUCCUGAGGAAGACGCUGGAGCAGCUGAAGUGGCCUGGGAAAGAACUGAAUACAUCGGAAAAAGUGGUAGAGAAAUGGAAGCAAGAGGUUGAGCUGCUCCUGCAGCUACAAGAACCCGAUUUAAUCCAAGUGCUUGGGGACAGGGACAAUCACCGGCCUUCUGCGGCCGGUGAACCAGUCGUUCUCCUUCCACUGGAGGUCAUGGCCCAGCCUCUGGUAACAAGAUUUCACUAUCACUUCUACGGAGAGAAGCCCACGAACCGAUUAGACAAGCCAGAGUAUUUUCUCAAUCACGUCCUAGACCUCCUCGAGCGACACAGCGGCUUUAUUUCGGACAUGCUUGGGUCUAUACUGGAUAAGCGAACUCAUCUCUCUGAGGCCUUGGAAUCCAUCUAUCCGGACGCCGUGUCAGCCCUCAUCACGGCGUUGCUCCCCAUGGUCGUUGAAAAAUGCUUGUCUUUCCUACCACAAAUUUCACGGGAGCCACAGCUCCUUUCUCAUUUUAUGCACGAACUGAUGGCGUUUGAUACUGUAAUCCGGGAUUCUUGGGAAUAUGUCCCAGUUCCCAGAAUGUUGACAGAAUGGAAAGGCAUCACCUGGAUUAUUCUGAACCAACAUGGCUAUUUUGCCCCGUGGCUUGCGGUGGAGAAAGAGUUCGCUCUCUCGCGAUACAAAAGCAUCAGGGAUGCCGCCGACAGUGGCGAUGUCGAUUUCGACGCGGAUGCCACCCAGACCAAGCCCACCAAAGGCGCGAUCCGAGUGAAUGACCUUCUGGAGACAAUUACAGAUCGAUAUCGAGGUCUUUCAUCUUUCAGCCAGAAGAUGACGUUUCUCUUGGACAUCCAACUGUCCAUCUUCGACGACUACCACAAUCACCUACAUGGUGCCCUCCAGGCCCAUUUGGUGGCUUCGCAUACGGCAGGACGGCUGCUGCAGGGUGGAUCCGAAGCCGACGCCUUCGGUCUAAAGGGGCUGGAGUCGUUGACCAAAAUCUACGGAAGCGCCGAGUUCCUCGAGCGCAAGAUGUCGGACUGGAGUGAUGAUGUCUUCUUCCUGGAGCUUUGGGACGAGUUGCGGUAUCGGGCGAAAGCCAACACUGGUGCUAAUGCCUCGGUUGGGACGGAUCUGAAAGUUGACGAUGUGGCAGCGAAAACCUCCACCGCCAUCAAAGCCAACGAUUCAGACCCCGAUGCAGAUAUGGAUGGAAGUGGUCUAUUUGAUCAGACGGCACUGGCAUAUCGCCGACUCCGUGAGCGCUCCGAGGGCGAGAUCCUCCGAGCACUGGAGGUCAAUAUACACGGCUCGCUCAGGCCUUAUGAAAAGUAUGCUCAGUGGUCCUCUCUGGCGGAGACUCCUUCUGACCCUCUCUCAAUGUCACCCUCCCCGAGCCUGGACGGCUUUUUUGAGACCACCGCCGUCCUCCUGGGCUUCCUGACCCGAGUGCUUGCCCCUCUUUCAAUGCGCCGAAUCACGAGGCACUAUUGUUCGGAAGUGCAACGGCAAAUAUACGACAAUGUCCUCAUGCAUCAUACAUUUUCCGCGACCGGAGCAUCACAGUUGAAGCGAGACCUGACUUCAAUCAAGGAAAGCCUUGAACGCCACAGCAAGCUGCGAGUGGUGACUGGUGCGAGUAUGAAACGGCUCGAAGAAGCCGUGUUCCUCCUUUCACUCAAUGCUACGAAGUCCCGGCGGGUGGCCAACGGCGAAGAGGAUGCAUGGGGCUUUGAGGACGAAGGGGACGUCGCAGCCGAACAGGACGUGAGUGACACCUUGGAUGAUAGUCACGGCCACGGCGAUGUCAAGGAAUGGGGUCUCUGGGAUGCUGAAAGGCUCAUCUUCGAGAGCAACGAGUCAGCGAGACAGGGUCUGGCCGACAUGGGGUUGGAUCACCUCAGUGAAGGCGAUGCAAGGAACAUCCUGAAACGGAGAGUUGAACUUGCGUAG